CACAACCCUUUAAAUGGAUCCCUACUGAAGCUUCAUUGUUAUCUCACACUUACACAAAGAAACUCUUUUAGCUUUAGAGCGUUAUUUGAGAGAUGUCAAAUGUGCCAUCCGCAUGGACAAACCUUUCAUGGAAAACCAGGUUUUCCAUGUCCAUCCUUUCAUUCGGCAUGAAACUCUCCUUCCGUUCAGACGGCUCCAUCAACCGCCGUCUCUUGAACUUCUUCGACAUCAAAGCUCCUCCGUCCUCCAAACCCACCAACGGCGUCAAAUCAUCAGACUUCACCCUCGACCCCUCCCGUAACCUCUGGUUUCGCCUCUACAUCCCCACCACAAACGGCGAUGAUAACGCCUUUAACAUCCCCCUUAUCUUCUACUUUCAUGGCGGAGGAUUUGUCCUGGCGCAAGCCAAUUCAAUCGGCAGCGAUAAUAUCUGUCGAAGACUCGCCAAACAACUCAAUUCUGCCGUCAUCUCAAUCAAUUACAGAAACACUCCAGAGCAUAAAUAUCCAUCUCAAAUCGAAGACGGUUUCGAUGUACUCAGUUUCAUUGACAACAACACAAACUUUCAGGGGUUUCCAAAUUCUGUUAAUCUAAUCAACUGUUUCAUUGCUGGAGAUAGUGCAGGAGGGAACUUGGCGCAUCAUGUGGCAACGAAGGCUUCUGAGAAUGAGUUUAAGAACUUGAAGAUCAUUGGAGUUAUUGCUAUACAGCCAUUUUUUGGAGGGCAAGAAAGGACUGAAGCUGAAUCAAGGGUUGUUGGGGCGCCUUUUAUUAAUGUGCAAGGGACAGAUCUGCUGUGGAGAAUGUUUUUGCCGGAAGGGGCGGAUAGAGAUCACCCGGCGGCAAAUGUUUUCGGGCCAAAAUCGAAGGAUAUUUCAGGGCUGAAGUUUCCGGCGACGAUUGUAAUUGUUGGAGGUUUUGAUCCAUUGCAAGAUUGGCAGAAGAGGUACUACGAAGGGCUGAAGAAAGCAGGGAAAGAAGCUUAUUUGAUUGAGUAUCCGAACGCUUUUCAUGCUUUUUAUUCGAUUCCCGAGUUGGAAGAGGCUUCUUUGUUCAUUGAUGAAGUGAGGGAAUUCAUGAAAAGGCAGUGCGUUAAAAGAUUUGAUUGAGUUACUUGUUUGUUCAUGGAUGUACGGGCAUAUCGCCAAUCUGGAGUGUAAACCAUGGCAUGGAAUAAAAUAUUUUGUGUGUUGUAUAUCCAUACAUCAUUAAAUUUAUAUACAGGUCUUAUAAAUGUAGGAAAUAAAUUAUGUA